AAUAAAAGUGAAAUAUAAAAGUAAAAGAGCAAUUUCCUCUUAUUUAACCAUUAACCAGUAGUCUAUCUUUGCCGCAACAACUACCUAUAAAAUCUCAUGUUUACCAUAUAAACGCUAGAACCACAUUUUCACAAAGAUCAGGCAUACCAAAUGAAACUUUUUAUAAAUACCACCAAAUUAAAUUUGAUUGUGAUUUUAGCUCUCUUUUUACUUCCACAUUAUCUUCAAAUUUCUGAAAUUUGUGUUGAAGCAUCAAAGAAAGUGCAUAUUGUGUACAUGGGAGAUAACAAGUAUGAAGAUCCAGUAACUACUAAAAAGUUUCACCAUCAAAUGUUGUCAACCAUCUUAGGAAGCAAAGAAGCAGCAAAGAGUUCAAUUCUGUACAGCUAUAGGCAUGGCUUUUCUGGAUUUGCGGCAAGGCUGACCAAGCCUCAGGCAGUAAAAAUUGCAGAGUUUCCUGGUGUAAUCCAAGUAAUUCCAAAUAGCAUCCACAAGCUCCACACUACAAGAAGCUGGGAAUUUGUUGGGCUAAAUCACUAUUCCUCGAAGAAUUUGUUAUCACAAAGCAACAUGGGUGAAGGAACCAUCAUUGGUGUGAUAGAUUCAGGAAUUUGGCCGGAGUCUGAAAGCUUUAACGACAGAGGAAUGGGUCCUAUCCCGUCUCAUUGGAAAGGAAUAUGCCAGAAGGGAGAAUACUUUAAUACAUCCAACUGCAAUAGAAAAGUCAUCGGGGCUCGUUGGUUCAUAAAAGGAUUCAGAGAUGAGAUAAGAAAAGCUGUUAACACAAGUAAUACAGAGUUUUUAUCACCAAGGGAUGGAGGGGGACAUGGCACUCAUACAGCUUCAACAGCAGCAGGCAACUUUGUGGAAGAGGCGAGCUAUCACGGACUAGCUUCAGGUUUGGCCAGAGGAGGAGCACCUCGUGCUCACUUAGCAGUCUAUAAAGUUUGUUGGAGCAUUGAUGUUGGAGGAUGCACGGAUGCUGAUCUGCUAAAAGCAUUUGACAAAGCUGUAGCAGAUGGAGUCGAUAUACUAUCAGUCUCAAUUGGCAAUGACAUUCCACUGUUUUCUUAUGUUGAUAAGCGUGAUUCAAUAGCAAUCGGCUCCUUCCAUGCAACUGCAAGGGGGAUCCCUGUGAUCUGUUCGGCAGGAAAUGAUGGCCCAGCCUCGCAAACAAUUGUCAACACUGCACCCUGGCUCAUCACUGUUGCCGCCAGUACCAUCGACAGGGACUUUCCAACAGCUAUCACCCUUGGAAAUAACAGCACAUUAUGGGGAAAAUCUAUAGAUAUGGGUAAACAUUAUCAUGAUUUUCUUGGCCUUACAUACUCUGAACGCAUAGCUAUUGACCCUCGAGAUGAUUCAGCUAAGGACUGUCAACCUGGAAGUCUAAACACAACAUUAGCAGCAGGGAAAAUAAUCCUUUGUUUUUCAAAAUCAGAUAGACAGGAUAUAGUAUCUGCAUCGAACUCAGUGUUCCAAGCAGGAGGGGUUGCAGUCAUAUUUGCACAGUUUCACAAUGAUGGGCUUGACAACUGCAAAUUGAUUCCAUGUGUCAAAGUAGAUUAUGAAAUAGGGACACUGAUACUUUCUUACAUCAGAAAAGCAAGGUAUCCUAUUGCAAAGCUAAGUUUUCCCAAGACUGUUAUUGGUGAACAGGCAUCUCCACAAGUAGCAUCAUUCUCAUCCAGAGGACCAAGUUCAAUAUCCCCAUCAGUGCUAAAGCCUGACAUAGCUGCACCAGGAGUUGACAUCUUAGCAGCAUAUAGACCAGCUGCCAAGAAUGAACAUAGCAAGACAUAUUCAUUGUUAUCAGGAACAUCAAUGGCUUGUCCACAUGUAGCAGGAAUAGCGGCUCUCAUAAAGUCGGUGCAUCCAAAUUGGUCUCCUGCAGUCAUAAGAUCAGCACUUGUUACUACAGCUUCCCAAAUUGGAACAGAUGGAAGGAAGAUAUAUUCGGAAGGUCCCUCAGGGAAGCCAGCAGACGCAUUUGAUAUAGGUGGAGGACAUGUAGAUCCUGAGAAAGCAGCGAACCCAGGGCUUGUGUAUGAGAUUAGCAAAGAAGAGUACAUCCAAUUCCUGUGUUCCAUGGGAUACAGCAAAUCAUCAAUUGGAAGCAUAACCAAGGGCACCAUAAGCUGCAUCAAAAACAGCAACUCGAAACUGAACCUAAACCUCCCUUCUAUCAUAAUUCCGAACAUGAAAAGACAAAUAACAGUGACACGAAGAGUGACAAACGUUGGGGGUGUAAAUUCAGUGUAUAAAGCAAAAAUGCAGGCUCCCUUCGGAAUAAGAACGAUAAUAGAGCCAAAUGUUUUAAAUUUUAACUCAACAAGCACAACUCUCUCCUUCAAAGUUAAAUUCGUUUCAGGGGAGAAAAUGGGGGGUCGUUACAACUUUGGGAGCUUGACAUGGACUGACGGUCAUCAUUUCGUUCGGAUUCCAAUUGCAAUCUCACUAAUCACAGUUCAGUCGGAGUUGGAAAAAAGAAAAAGAGAAGAAGCAAUGUCAGGGAGAGGAAAGGGAGGGAAGGGACUGGGAAAGGGAGGAGCAAAGAGGCACAGGAAGGUGCUGAGAGAUAACAUUCAAGGCAUCACUAAACCUGCCAUACGCAGGCUGGCUCGUAGAGGAGGGGUCAAGCGUAUCAGCGGCCUCAUUUAUGAAGAGACCAGAGGCGUCCUCAAGAUCUUCCUAGAGAAUGUCAUUAGGGAUGCCGUUACUUACACGGAGCACGCUCGUAGGAAGACUGUUACUGCUAUGGAUGUUGUUUAUGCUCUCAAAAGACAGGGCCGCACUCUCUAUGGCUUCGGUGGUUGAUCAUUCUUUUUAACUUUGUAGCCUAUCGGAUCUUAUUUGUUUUUGGUAAGCCCUUGAUUUGGCUUUGAUUGUCAAAUCUUCUACAUGUAAUGGAUGCAUAUAGUAUCAAUUAAUCUGUCCCUCUCUUUCAUCUGCUAAUUACCAUAAUUUAUCUCUGGAUCUUCAAA